AUGGCUCCGGUUGUGACAAUCACCGACGUCGCCUACGUCGCUGAGCCGGAUGGCGCGCUGCCGCCCGAGCCUGUCAUCAAGCUCAACGCCAUGGAGGCGCAGUGGGUCGUGAUUCCAUUGCUGCAGCACCUCCUGCUCUUCGAGGGCGACCAUCUGCCGCCCUUCGACGCCAUCCUCCAGUCCCUCCGGUCCUCCCUCGCGGCGACCUUGGCCACCCACGCCCCGCUCGCUGGCAAGCUCCACUACCUCGCGGACACCGGCGACGUCGCCAUCUGCCGCUCCACCGGCGGCGGCGACGACGACCGCGGUGUCAGGUUCGUCGCCGCGGAGUGCGACGCCGACGCCCGCCGCCUCGCGGGCGACGAGGACCACGACGUGCUCACGUUCGAGCGCCUCGUUCCGGAGCUCGACAUGAGCCUGCUGCCGGCGCCGGUGCUGGCCGUGCAGGCAACGCGCCUCGCGGGAGGCGGGGUGGCCCUCGGGGUCAGCGUGCACCACGGCGUCGCCGACGGCCGCUCGCUGUGGAGGUUCGUCGAGGCGUGGGCCGCGGCGAGCCGCGGGGACACGCCGCCCGCGCCGCCGGUGUUCGACCGCUCCCGUGUCAGCCUGCCCGGCGGCGAGGAACUGGCCCGGAGCAUCCUGCGGAAGUACGCGCCAGAUUUGCCAGUGGCUAGCAUGCCCACGAGUCUGCAGGAAGACCGCCUGCGGUUCACCCGCCGGACGUUCACUCUGGACACCCAGGACAUGAAGCGGCUGAAGCAGCGCAUCGUCCGCCUCGGCGAAGCACACGGCGCGCCGCUGCGCCGCUCCCCGUCCAGCUUCGUCGCCGUCGUCGCGCUAGCGUGGACGUGCUUCGUCCGCGGCAGGGCUUUGGCCGCGGACGACGACGACGUGUUCCUGUUCUUCUUCGCCGACGCCCGCGACCGGCUUGACCCUCCCGCCGGGGCGGACUACUUCGGCGCCUGCCUGACCGGAUGCCUCGCGAGGCUGCCCGCGCGGGAGCUCCACGGCGAGGGCGCGCUGGCGGCCGCGGCGUCGGCGGUGCAGGGAGCGAUCGAGAAGAUGGUGGAGGACCCGCUCGGUUGCUGGCCCGGGUGGGAGUUCUUUAGGUUCGCCGGCGACCCAACGCUUCGGCUUGAACGGCUCAUGAACGUGUCGGGUUCGUCGGGCUCGAGGGCGUACGAUGUUGCCGACUUCGGGUGGGGGAGACCGAGGCGGACGGAGAACAUCAGGAUGAACCACGACGGGCAGCUGGCACUGGUCCGCGCCAGGGACGGCGACGGGGUGCAGGCGUCGGUGUCCAUGCUCCAGCAGAAGCACGUGGACGCUUUCAAAUCAGAGUUCCUCAAGCUACUACUCGGUUGA